UGCAUUUCAUUCAUUCCACCAAAAUCCUUCUCUCAUCUCCUCUCUUUCUCUCCCUCCCUCCCCACUCCCUCCCUCCCUCAGAGUCUCAGACAGACAACAGCAGAAGCUAAAACAAGAAAGCACUUUUUCCAACUACUACUUCUUCAGCCUGACACCAACAUUUCCAAAUUGGGCUCAACUGAAAAGCCAGAAUCCAAAUAACCCAGAAAAAUGGAGAGGCCAACUUCGUCGUCCUCCUCGGACGACGACGACGAUCGCCAAAACCUAAUCGAACAAAACGACAGGAAGCUCCCGACCCCUCGAUCCACCACCACCGCCUUCCACAUCGCCGACGACGAUAUCGACGACCUCAACCACCGGCACAAUCAGCAAUUACGACGUCGUUUCACCUCCCUCAAGCUAAACGACCUCUUCAACAAGCGAUCGUUUGUCCUCUUCGCCAUAUUCGUCCCUCUAUUCGUCCUCAUCCUCUUCUUCACCACCGACAUCAAAGCCCUCCUCUUCUCCACUAGCGUCUCGGCCUCUCCCUUCGGUUCCGUCUCCGAUAAGCUCCGCGAAUCCGAGCUUCGCGCUCUCUACUUGCUCAAACAGCAGCAGCUUGGUCUCUUCAAUCUCUGGAACCAAACACUCCCCAAUCCCAACUCCACUUCCAAUCAAUCCAAUUCCCCCCAAAUCCCACUCCUCGAGGAUUUCAAAUCCGCGGUCCUUCGUCAGAUUUCAAUCAACAAAGACAUCCAGCAAGUCCUCUUAUCGUCCCACCGCUCCGGAAACUACACGGAAUCGGAUUUUCGGGAUUUCGGGGAUUUCGAAAACCCGAGUCUCGGCUAUCGGUGUGGGAUUUUGGACCAGAAAUUCUCACAAAGAAGAACAAUUGAGUGGAAGCCCAAUGCAAGUAAGUACCUUUUCGCCAUUUGUGUUUCGGGCCAAAUGUCGAACCAUUUGAUCUGCUUGCUGGUGAUUCCCAGUGCCAAAGUGGAUUACCAGUACAGUAGGGUAUUGGACAUUGAGCACAUUAACAAGUGCUUGGGAAGAAAGGUUGUGGUUACGUUCGAGGAAUUGGCCGAGGCGAAGAAGAACCACGUUCACAUUGAUAAGUUUAUAUGCUAUUUUUCGCAUCCUACACCUUGUUAUGUGGAUGAGGAGCAUCUUAAGAAGUUGAAGGGGUCCGGGGUUUCGUUGAGUAAGCUUGUGCCUGCUUGGGUUGAAGAUGUGAAGAAGCCGAGCAAAAGGACUGUGCAAGAUGUUCAGUCGAAAUUUUCGACUUCUGAUGAUGUUACUGCUAUUGGGGAUGUCUUCUUUGCUGAUUUAGAGCAAGACUGGGUGAUGCAGCCUCGUGGUCCUCUUGCGCACAAAUGCAAGACUCUGAUUGAACCAAGCCGGCUUAUAAUGCUUACUGCCCAGCGUUUCAUUCAGACAUUCCUUGGCAAGAACUUCAUAGCUCUUCAUUUUCGGCGACAUGGGUUUUUGAAGUUCUGCAAUAAUAAACAGCGAAGUUGCUUUUACCCCAUUCCCCAAGCUGCGGAUUGCAUAACUCGGGUGGCUGAAAGGGCCAAUGCACCAGUCGUAUAUCUUUCGACCGAUGCGGCUGAUAGUGAAACUGGUUUGCUGCAAUCACUAGUUGUGGUGAAUGGAAAAGCUGUGCCACUUGUUAAACGACCUGCACGAAAUUCAGCCGAAAAAUGGGAUGCUUUGUUAUACAGACAUGGAAUGGAGGGGGACGGUCAGGUAGAAGCUAUGCUGGAUAAGACGAUAUGUGCCAUGUCAAGUGUCUUCAUUGGAGCAUCUGGAUCCACUUUCACAGAGGAUAUCUUGAGGCUCCGAAAGGACUGGGGAUCAGCUUCGUUGUGUGAUGAGUACCUCUGCCAAGGUGAAGACCCAAACUUCGUAGCGGAGAAUGAAUGAAGAAAUAGUAUGUUCAAUCUUCGGUCAUUGCUAUUCUUUGUGGUUGAACCUGCUUCUGUUGUAUGCCCUUCUAAUUAGUGGUAGGUUUACCCCGAAAUUUAUUGACAUGUAUAGUGUAUGAUAGCGUCUGCAUUUCGAAAAUGAGAUUUGUUUUGCGUAUCUCUUUUUCCUUUUCUUUUUUUGCUUAAUGAUAAAAUGACUAGAUGUGAUGCUUAUGGUGUCAUUCCUAGAGUAUAUAUAUCAGUUCUCUUUGGCAUUUUUCCCAUAGGAUGGAUCAUGUAAGUAUGGUGUGUUGACUUGGUCUUAUUAAGCACACAAGACUUUUGGUGCUGAAAAGAGAAGCUUACAUGAUCAA